UGAAAAUUAUUUGGUCAAUUAAAUUUUCUAGAUCCGUCCCUGGGUUUUAUAUAUGGUGGGUACACUGUGUAAAAGAACAUAAUAGGAGGGGGCAAAUUGCAAUUCUCUUUUGUAUUGAAGAUCAGAAUUUUUAACCGAUACUCGAUCCAGGAUUGAACCAGCAAGAGCUCUUUGUGGUGAUAGUUGUUGAUCGAAUUCAUCAUGAUCUCUCAGUUCUUCGUGCUUUCACAGAGAGGCGAUAAUAUCGUCUUUCGAGACUAUCGUGGAGAUGUACAGAAAGGAAGUGCGGAAAUAUUUUUUCGCAAAGUGAAGUUCUGGAAAGAAGAUGGCAAAGAGGAAGCACCUCCUGUAUUUGUGGAGUGGACUAUAUGUAUUGUUGAGAAUUCUCACUGUUAUCAUCACUUUUUAUUUCUUCGAAUGACCUGUCAUGGGAAAUAUCUGAAGAUUGAACUAACUUUAUUGAAUUUACGUCUUGCGCAACAGAAUCUAGAUGGUGUAAACUACUUUCAUGUGAAGGUGGUUGGCCUGCUUUUUGUUGCAACCACAAGGGUCAGCUUGUCCCCUUCCUUAGCUUUGGAGCUUCUGCAGAGAAUUGCACGUGUCAUCAAAGAUUACCUUGGUGUUCUUAGUGAGGAGUCUUUGCGGAAAAAUUUUGUUCUUGUGUAUGAACUGCUUGAUGAAGUUAUAGAUUUUGGAUACGUUCAAACAACAUCUACUGAAGUAUUGAAGUCUUAUGUAUUCAAUGAACCAAUUGUGGUUGAUGCUGCACGCAUGCCUCCCCUUGGUCCUGCAGCCCUAUUUAUGCAAGGAAACAAACGAAUGCCAGGGACAGCUGUUACAAAAUCUGUUGUUGCAAAUGAACCUGGGGGUAGGAAAAGGGAGGAAAUCUUUGUUGAUAUAAUAGAGAAAAUAAGCGUCACCUUUAGCUCUAGUGGGUAUGUAUUGACUUCUGAAAUUGAUGGCACUAUCCAAAUGAAGAGUUAUCUAACUGGAAACCCAGAGAUCAGAUUAGCUCUCAAUGAUGAUCUAUACAUUGGAAAGAGUGGCAUAUCAAAUUACGGCUAUAGUGGUUCAUCUGGGACAGGACCAGUUAUUUUGGACGAUUGCAAUUUUCACGAAUCUGUACAUAUGGAUAGUUUUGAUGUUGACAGAACACUGAGUCUGGUACCACCAGAUGGGGAAUUUCCUGUCAUGAAUUAUCGUAUUACCCAGGAAUUCAAGCCCCCGUUUUCCGUCAAUACCUUAAUUGAAGAGGCAGGGACACUUAAGGCUGAAGUGAUUCUGAAAAUCCGUGCCGAGUUUCCUUCAAGUAUUACAGCUAACACAAUCUUAGUAGAAAUGCCAUUGCCUGCAUGUACAACCAGGGUCAAUUUUGACUUGGAACGUGGAAUAGCUGGGCAGAGUGCUGAUUUCAAAGAAUCACAGAGAAAACUUGAAUGGAGUAUUGUGGGAGGUUCUGAACACACACUACGUGCAAAAUUGAAUUUUUCACAAGAGUUGCAUGGAAAUAUUACAAAGGAAGCUGGGCCAGUGAGCAUGACCUUCACAAUUCCUAUGUAUAAUCCUUCAAGGCUGCAGGUAAGGCUGUUAAGAUAUGAUGCCUUAGUGUAG